AUGUCUUACCAACAACAACAGUGCAAGCAGCCCUGCCAGCCUCCUCCUGUGUGCCCACCCCCUAAGUGCCCAGAGCUUUGUCCUCCUCCAAAGUGUCCAGAGCCUUGUCCUCCUCCACAGUGCCCAGAACCUUGUCCUCCUCCAAAGUGCCCUGAGCCUUGUCCUCCCCCAAAGUGCCCUGAGCCCUGCCCCCCUCAGCCAUGCCAGCAGAAAUGUCCUCCUGUGCAACCUCCUCCAGCCUGCCAGCAGAAGUGCCCACCCAAGAGCAAGUGAGUGCUUCCGCUGUCACUGGGACCAAGAGAGGAGAAGGAAAUCUGUCUCUGAGGCUUCUGUAGAAACACUGCCAUCUUCCCUUCAAAGUCUCUCAUGGAUGCAGAAGAAUC